GUAGAAGCCAGAGAGGCUGCGCAUGCGCGCGACGGGCGCCCGCCCAACGCGGUCGCGGCGGUUGACGCGGCCUGGGCGGAUCCUUGCAGAAGGCUGCGGGCUAGCUGUGGACGUGGGCUUCGCAGACAGGAGAAGGAAGCGCUGGUGUCUCCUCACUCAGUCAGGGAUGCCUCUCUUUGGGAGCAUAUUCAGCCCAAAGAAGACCCCUCCUCGGAAGUCGGCCUCGCUCUCCAACCUACAUUCUUUAGAUCGGUCAACUCGGGAACUGGAGCUGGGCCUUGACUAUGGAACUCCCACCAUGAACUUGGCUGGGCAGAGCCUGAAGUUUGAAAACGGCCAGUGGGUGGCAGACUCAGUGAUCAGUGGCGGUGUGGACCGGAGGGAAACUCAGCGCCUGCGCAAACGAAACCAGCAGUUGGAAGAAGAAAACAAUCUCCUGCGUCUGAAAGUGGACAUUCUGCUAGACAUGCUUUCAGAAACCACCGCUGAGUCCCACUUAAAGGACAAAGAACUGGAUGAACUGAAGAUUUCCAACCGCAGGAGGAAGUGAAGACAGAGCCCGGGGACACUCGCUAGGAGACUAGAAAGAGCCCACUGAGGGGAGGCGGAUGCGGCAGAGCCCUUUGAUUUUUCAUCAGAUUAGUAGACUUGCCCUAGGAGACAGCUUUACCAGGCCCUGGCUCCCUGGGACAGGGGAUAGGGAAGAGAGAUGGAUGGAAGAAGCGAAGGUGCCAGACCAGGGCCAUAGCCAAGGCAGCACCCCAGACUCACCCAGGGUGUCAAUCUGAAGCAUACCCCAGGAGGGCCUAGGAACAAUGAGUCUUUGGUUGCUGUCGGCAGUGACAGCAUAUAACUGUCCAUGUCUCAGAGUUCAGACAGCUGGCAGCUCACCUCUUGACACUGACUCCUUCCAGAGAGCACCUCUUGUGAGGGUGCCCAGUACGUGAGUCUGGGUUGUCUGCACCCCAGCCCCCAAACUCCCAGCCAUAAUCUCUCUGCCUUUAAAGAGCCCUCAUCCCCAAAUCCACAGCCUCUUCGGGCAUCAGCUCUCCAGCAGCAAGCUCCAGUCUUCCACAGCACAUUCUAAUUUACUCUAUUUUUUAUUAAAUGGUGUUCAAUAAUCUCUGUGUAGCAAAAAUAGAUCAACAACAA